AUGGAAAUUCGGAAGUUUGGCUUCAGAGAAGUGGGCAAUGCAAUGAGUCGUGAAAUUUCAGUUUCCGGUAAGUUUUGGCAAAUGCGAAUUUGACACUUUAUAUUUUAUUCGAAUUUACUUGCUUACUUUAGAAGUUGAAGUUCAAAUCUUGCCAGCGCGCACCAUUUUCCGCGCGAUUAUCACUACUGUUAAGGUCAACGGCGGAAAGGUGCUGCCUAGCGCAGUGCCAACGUUUUUGACUUUCAGCCAACAGUUCGAACGCCGCCUCGGUGAAAACUCUUUUGUGUCCAGUCGAAAAUUGUCAUUUUCAGUGCGCCGACGUCUAGAAUGGGAAACGCGUCGAGUGCGGUAACUGCCGGAAUCAAGAAUCAGGUGAAUGCGAAGAGCAGUGCCAUCGGAAAACUGGCGGAUUUGAGCGGAAAUGGGAUACUGGCCGAUUUGGCGAGUGAGGCGAUUCGAAUCGGAAACACCGAAGAGCUCGAUCGACAGAUUCUCGAGGUAACUGAUUGAUCAAUAUGUGCACACCAGAGAUGUUGGGAAUUCCGUGUUCCGUGUUCCGCGUUUUUUUGCAAUAUUUUUUCCGUGUUCCGAAAAAAAAAAAAUUUCCGUGUUCCGUGUUCCGUGUUCCGUAGAAAUAAGUUUUUUCCGUGUUCCGUAUAAACUAUGUUUUCCGCGGAAAAAUUCGAUCACAAAUUUUAUGACGUUUUGUGGUCAAAAUUUGAAAAUUUUCGGAUUCGGACCAUAUUCGUGAAAAGUGGAUUCCAUUUUCAGUCGUUUUUUUACUGUAGUUGUUUACUGUUGUGUUGUUGGUUUUGUUAUUUUUAUGAAAUUUUCAGUAAAACUUUUACAUGAGUCAAACAGCUGCCUUGUCAGUCAGAUAAUCGAAUUAAACAAAACAUUAUUUUAAAAAAAAUCACUGGAAUUUUCUUGAAAACGCUUUUUUCCGUGUUCCGUAAAAAAAAAAAUUUCCGUGUUCCGUGUUCCGUGUUCCGUAGAAAUACGUUUUUUCCGUUUUCCGUGUUCCGUGUUCCGUAAAAAAAAAAUUUUCCGUUUUCCGUGUUCCGUGUUCCGUAGAGUAAAAUUUUUAUUCCCAAUAUCUCUGGUGCACACUAGCGUAUCUUUCAGAAAGUGGAGCCGAUGCUCUACAAUAAAGGAGAAGGCGCAAUGCUGCCACUCUCGGAUAUUAUGGCGCAACGACACAAAGAGCGUACCGGAAACCCGUUCGUGGUGGCGACGCCGUCCACAGAACGACGCUUCAUCUGCUGGCAUCUGAACUGUCGCGGCGCGGUCGGAGAGACCCUCCUGCACACGUGCUUCCUCUCCGGACUGCCGAAACACAUGAAGCUGCUGGCCGAGCGGCUCAUUGCAAUCUUUCCGAAAAUCAUCAACGACUUCUAUCUGAGCGACGAGUACUACGGCGAAACCGUACUCCACAUGGGAAUCGUGUCGGAGAACGCCGAAAUUGUGCGCUACCUGCUCAAAAGUGGAGCGGAUGUGCACGCGAGGUGCUCGGGCAACUUUUUCACGUGCGACGAUCAGAAAGGAUCGAGAGCCGACCAUCCGGAGGUCGAACACGCAAUCAUCAGCAAGCACACCAAGUAUCCCGGGUGAGUAGGAGUACUGUAGCGUUAGGAGACGUGCUGGCGCUUCUGAAUUUUGUUUUCUGAAAUCUCGACGUCUAGUACUAUGUUUUUGUAGUUGACACUUGUUUAGUAGGACCACUGCCUGGAGUACUGUAGCUCCUGGAAGUUGGCACUACUUCUCUUAACUUUUAAGCGCUAUAGUGGGCUUGGGAGCAGUUGUAGAAAGAAGUUGUCAACUACAAAAAUGUCACGCGUAGUUUGAACUUUGUUUUUGCAGUUAAAGACGUUUCUGUAAAACUGCUCCUAAAAGCACUAUCAGGCUUUAAAGUUGCGACUACUUUUCAAGACACCCGGCAUACCCUGACUUUGAAGAGCUACAGUACUCUAGAAAGUGCUCGUACAAAAGGAUUGUCAACUAUCAAAAGAUAGUACUAGACGUCAAUAUUUCAUCGAAAAAUUUGUAGAACAAUACAACGCUUUCCAACUAUUUUUCAGUCACAUUUACUGGGGCGAAUAUCCGCUCUCGUUCGCCGCGUGCCUCACGCAACCCGAGUGUUUCCGGAUGCUCGUGGCUCACGGAGCAGACGUGAAUGCGGCCGACACAAAUGGAAAUACCAUUCUGCACAUUUGUACGAUUCACGAGAAUUGGGUCAGUUUCAGAAAUUUGUGAUAUCCAAAAGUUGCCGUACUUUCAAAAGGAAACGGAAAACGGACAACUUUGAAAGGUUACUGUAGCCUCAGGAGAUGUCCUAUGAUUCUGAAAUUUAUUUUUGUGGAAUCUUCAUGUCUAGUAGAAUAUUUUUGUAGUUGGCACCUUUUUUGUACGACCACUUCCUGGAGUAGCGUAGAUUUUGGAUGUUAGAACUGCUCAAGGGCCUUUAAAAAUGAUACCAACUUCCAAGAGCUACAGUAACUCGGGAAGAAGCUGUACAAAAAAGUGGUCAACUGCAAAAAUAGUGUACUAGACAUGAAGAUUACAUUAAUAACGGUGAGCAUGCCUAACAAACAUCGUUUAAUGCUACAGUACCCCCUCAAAGUUGAACUGGAAAAAGGAGAUGUUCUUUAGGAGAUGUUCAAGUUGGCUCUGACGCUCGGCGCCGAUCUUCACAUUCAAAAUCGUCAAAAUUUGACGCCGUUAACUUUGGCGGCGUUUUUGGCCAAAAAAGAGGUAUCCACAAUAGUCCCGAAGCCGAAAACGUCUGAAUUGUGUCCGUCAGAUGAUGCAAAAGAUAGUGGAAGAGGAGCGGACUGUGAAUUGGUCGUACGGACGGACCCAAUCGGCCGCCUAUCCGCUGGAACACGUGGAUUCGAUCGAGCCGACCAGCGGGAACAUCAAUCAGAAAUCCGUGUUGACAAUCGCGGUUUACGGCGAGAAAGCCGAGCAUUUGUCACUUUUACCGCAUCUUUUGGAGCAAUUGGUGCACCACAAAUGGAUAGCCUACGGACGGAAAACGUGCGGAAAUUAUCUGCACAAUAUCAGGAACAACAAUACGCAUUUUUCAGUCUGUUCGCCCAACUCUUCAUGUUUUGCAUUUAUUUCGUGUGCGUCACCGCGUGCUUCUUGCUCCGACCGAGUCCGUUCGAGCGGAAACAGCACAUCGCCAACGAUUUGAUCUGUUUUUAUGAUUUCGCCGAAAGGAACUUCAAUGAAUCGGCAAUCUCGACUAUUGUAAGUGGGUCUGUACGAUGCUCCAGAAUUUUUAACUUUGACUGGAUACUUAAAGGGUAGUUCUAACUUCCAAAAGCUACAAAAAAGUUGUCGAAUUACAAAAAUGACGAGCAAACCAUGAAGAUUUGCUUAGCCAAUUUUGAGGUUGAUUUACAGUACCCUUACAAAAUUGACACUUACCGUUUACUGCAAACUUCCCGUCACUUUUUGCAUCGCAGCAGUUCUUCCAGAUCUACCACCUUCUGCAUUUGAUCUGCGUGGCGGGCGCGACGCUCUACCUAAUCCAAGCGCUACUCCACAUCAAAAACGUCGGCUACCACCUGUACAUUCUGGGCCUUUCGGGCUUUCCGGCCAAAGCCAUCUUCCUCUUCUCGUGCCUUCUGAUGGUCUCCACCUUCUUCCUUCGCGUCUUCUGUCUCGACGAGGCCGAGGACAUUGUCUGGAUCGUCAUCGUCCUUCUCACUUCCCUCAAAUUUCUCUUCUUUUGUCGGUGAGAGUCUGCGUGCCCACAAAUCUCUGCCCACUUCUUGCUUGCAGUGGCUUCAAAUCGGUCGGACCGUUCGUCCUGAUGCUCUACAAAAUAAUAAUUCGCGAUCUGAUGCGCUUCUUCCUCAUUUAUCUCGUCAUCGUCGUCGGAUUCUCGCAGGCGUUCUACGUCAUCUUCCUCGGAUACAAACGCUCGGAUGUGGAGAAUCGCGAGAAGAGUAUUAUGAAUAAUGUGGCCGAGAGCUACGUGCGAAUGUUCAUCAUGUCGCUCACCGAGUUCACCGUCUUCUUCGAGCAGUUGGAGGAGUGCGAGCACACUGUUAUCGGAAAGGUAUUCUCUAAAAGUGCGCCACGCGUUGGUUGACUCGAAAACCCAGUGAAAUUUUAAAGUUCGCCAAACCGCUAACGCACUUUCGAAUGCUCACCAAAAGUGUGUCAAAACUGUGCAUUUCCAGAUAACUUUUGUGGUGUACAUGCUUCUGGUGACCCUGCUGCUCAUCAAUAUGCUCAUUGCGAUGAUGACUAACACGUACACGGAGGUGUCGGGCAACUCUUUGGAGUGGCUCCGUCAGUGGUCGGCCAUAAUUUUGAUGAUGGAGCAGAGCUUCGACCCGGCCACCCGCCUACGCUAUCAACGCAGAUACGGUAUCCGCUUCGACGGCGGAGAGAAACUCGUACUGCUGCUCAAGGACAAAAUGACGGUAUGUGGGGGAAAAGCACAUUUGAAAGUGAGCGAAUUUGUAGGAAGAGGAAUUCGAAUCGAGACGGAAGAAAAUGCACGAGGAUCGGAGGAGGUUCAGGGAGGAGUUGAGGACCAACCAGAGAAGGAGGCCCGCUUUCAUUUGCAAACAAGGGGCCAACUACUUUAAACCGAAGCACAGACAGGCACACAGCAAACCAUCCACUGCUCCAGUUCCAGUAUGA